CUCCUUCCUCUGCUUUAAAAUGCAAAAAUUUAAAAUGCAAGAUUCCUCUGAUUCACCUAACCCAUUCCCAAAAGGAACAAUCCAACUCCAACAAAAACACCUCCUCCUCACCAAACCCCCAUGGCCGCCUUUUCCCUCCAGACCUCCUCCUCCUCCAGCAUUGCUCGUCUCGGUUCCCAAACCCGAUUUUCCGGAGCCGAUUUGGGUCCAGACCCGAAAUCCAUAGGUUUCCCUUCUCACCCUCGCUCUAGUCUCGUGCUUCCUCUCAAGCUCACCAACAGUAAGAGCAGAUCAAGAGCAGUGGUGAUGGCAGUUGCAGUGAGUGGCAAUGACCAAACCCAAAUAACGGAAGUCGACAUCUCUCUGAGCCCAAGAGUCAACUCCCUCAAGCCUUCAAAGACAGUCGCCAUUACUGACCAGGCCACGGCUCUCGUGCAAGCCGGUGUACCCGUUAUCCGAUUAGCGGCUGGUGAACCUGAUUUCGAUACCCCUUCUGUCAUUGCUGAGGCUGGGAUCAAUGCAAUUCGUGAAGGUUACACAAGGUACACGCCAAAUGCAGGGACUUUGGAACUUCGCCAAGCAAUUUGUCAUAAGCUCAAAGAGGAGAAUGGGAUCUCUUACACACCUGAUCAGAUCGUAGUUAGCAAUGGAGCCAAGCAGAGUAUUGUUCAAGCAGUGCUUGCAGUUUGUUCCCCAGGAGAUGAGGUUAUAAUUCCAGCUCCAUUUUGGGUGAGUUACCCGGAAAUGGCAAGGUUGGCCGAUGCAACUCCUGUAAUUCUUCCCACGAGCAUCUCCGACAAUUUUCUCUUGGAUCCAAAACUUCUGGAAUCCAAACUCACUGAAAAGUCAAGACUUCUGAUUCUUUGUUCUCCAUCCAACCCAACAGGAUCUGUAUACCCCAAGAAAUUGCUUCAGGAGAUUGCUCAAAUUGUAGCAAGGCAUCCCAGGCUUCUGGUUAUUUCUGAUGAAAUAUAUGAACACAUAAUUUACACACCAGCAACUCACACGAGCUUUGCAUCUUUGCCGGGCAUGUGGGAGAGGACUCUGACAGUCAAUGGAUUUUCUAAGGCUUUUGCAAUGACUGGUUGGCGACUUGGAUAUCUUGCCGGCCCUAAACACUUUGUUGCAGCAUGUGGAAAGAUCCAGAGUCAG